AUUUCAUAUCAGUCUAUAAGCAAGCACGCUCAAACAAUGUCUGCAGAGAAAGUGAGCGAGAAAUUGUCGGUCACCCAAGUCCAGGUCGAAUCAUGCGUAUUUCCUCCGGCGAUCAACCCUCCCGGUUCCGCCAAGACCUUCUUCCUCGGCGGCGCAGGGGUGAGAGGGAUGGAGAUUGAGGGGAGGUUCAUCAAAUUCACUGCAAUUGGGGUUUACCUAGAAGAUAACGCCGUACAGUCACUCGCCGUUAAGUGGAAUGGCAAAACCGCCGACGAAUUGACGGAUUCCCUCGACUUCUUCGGAGACAUCGUCACUGGUCCCUUUGAGAAAUUCACAAAGGUGACAACGAUACUGCCAUUAACUGGCAAACAAUACUCCGAGAAGGUAGCAGAAAACUGCGUCGCCUACUGGAAGAAAGUAGAGAAAUACACCGAUGCAGAGUCUGCCGCAAUCGAAAAGUUCCUCCAAGUAUUUAGUGACGAAAACUUCCCUCCUGGAAGCUCCAUCCUCUUCACUCAAUCACCGGAGGGCUCAUUAACGAUUAGCUUCUCUAAAGACGAUUCGAUCCCUGAGCAUGGGAAAGCGGUCAUAGAGAACAAACAACUCUCGGAAGCAGUGCUUGAGUCGAUUAUCGGCAGGCACGGUGUAUCCCCUUCAGCAAAACAGAGUUUGGCUGCAAGAAUAUCGGAUUUGCUGCUGAAGCCGAAUGAACCCGAGGAAGUUGUUGCUGCUACUGCAAAACCUCAGGAAAACUAGGCCAGGCUCGUUUUAUUCGUUUCCUUUUUCUAGCAAAUUCGAACUUUAUUACGCUUCCCACAUGUUAUCUAUGACGUAAAACUUUUGUUUGUUCUAUUUUCAGUUGUGAAUUGAAUGCCUAGUAAUAUUAUCAAUUGGUAUU